GCAUUGGCAACAAGAAAACACCACUCACGAUGGCGGACGACAGCCAAUCUGAGGCGAGCAGCGGGUCGCUGGUGGAUGAGCGCCUGGACGAGGCAGCCGCCGAAAUGGUCGCCCGGAUCCUGCAGAGCGUGAAGAAGAAGAUGGAAGAGCGGCCUCAAUCCGGGCAGCUGUCGCCAGGGACCGAGCAAGAGGACGCGGGAGGCAAGACCACCACCACCACCAUCACCACCACGUCUGUUCCCGACAGCCGGCUAUCCUCCGCCCGCACGACUGGUUCAUCGUUCUCACGACCAACCACGGCAGACAUCAGGUCCAUGUCCACGAACGUGGUGAAAACCGCGCUGCAAUCGGCCAUGCAGCGAUUGACAGCGCUCACUGCGGAUGAGCUGAACUGGGACAGCGCCAAGCUCAUCAUCGAGACGGUUGUGGAGGGCUGGGCCAUCAGCGACAUGUGGAAGUACCACGUUGCCAAGGAAGCAGAAGGUGCCGGCUACGUGCAGGCUUGUGUCACAUGGAGUAUUCCCAUGCGCCGCCGUCCAGUGCCAAACGCCACGGCCUACACCAUGUUCAACCUCAACAAAACAGAGCACGGCAUCAGCGUGGAGUGGCAGCUGGAGCAACAGCGCCUGAAGCACGAUGCAACACAACCGUGCCGGGAGCAGUGGCUGCACGAUGUUGUCGCCAGCAAGCGGAUUGUACAUGAUGCCUUUAAGAUCUGACCCGGUCGCCUGCACUGCGUUUGUGUAUGUACACCCAUACUCACGCACUCACGUACACACUUCUCGCACUCACACAGAAACACCCACUCACGCACGGGCAAUGCAAUGCAACUCUUCUGCUGGGUGUUACUUGAUAACCUGUACAUAGACAUUGACGUGACCUUGCGAUUCAUUAUAUCUGAUCUUCUAGCG